GCAAGGUGGUAACGUUAGGCUAUAUCAAGGAACUCAAAAUACGUAGUAAAUAUCUUGGUGUUACAAACUAAAAAAGAUGAGAAACGAAAGCAGAUAAUAUACGAGUCUUACUUAGGACUUAGGCUCCUUUUAGUGUUGGUUUUAACUCAGUCAAUGAGCAUGGAUUAGCUAACUAGCAAGCUAUUAGUGCUUCAGGUGUUUAGCCGGCUAGCCUACAAAACUUGUUAAAGACUUUUGCCCUUGUGUGACUUUUAGUAUGGACAAUAGCACCGUUUAUGUCCGAGAAAGAGGCAGCCUUCGUCGUGUCGGUGACAUAGUCCUAGCACAGCCAAAGCCAGUGUCAUCAUGCAGGAGGACAAAUCCAUUUGUGCUGAGAAAAGAGCACUUCAUAUUCACCUAUAAUGCAGAGGGGAGUCUGAGAUACACCACAAAAUCUCUCUUUAACAUCACUCUGUUAUUCGUGGCUGAUAACAUCCACCACGUGGACUCUCUGGUGGGCUUCCCCGAGCAGAUAGGAGACAGACUUUUUGCAGCAGCAGAGGAGAAUCGUGUGUUUUUAAACGCAGACGUUUCUCCAAAAGCCUUGCAGUUAUUCAGUGAUGCAUAUGGGGAGAUGGUGCUCGGAUCACUAUGUCUAAGAAAUAAAUUUCCACUUUUGCACGAAAGAAUGAAUGAAAUCAAAACAUUUCAUAGUUUGAAGUCUCUGGAUCUGUUUGGCUGCAGACUGGGAGAUGAUCAUGAGAUAUUUCAGCAUCUAACAUCCAGCUCUUUGGCGAGCAGCCUGAUUCAGCUUUUCAUUGGCGGGAACAGUCUGUCAGAUGUCGGUCUACAAAGACUGACAGCACCUGUCCGAAUGCUGAGGAAGGGACUGGACCGUCUUCAGUUACUUGAUGUUUCCUACAACCCUAUCUCAGUGAGGGCUCUCAGAUAUCUCACAUGCCUCCCCAAACUUGAAAAUCUUGAUGUAUCUGGGACCAGUUUGAAGCUUGGCACAGGACUGAAGGCCGCCAUAUGGGACCUGUUGGGGCUCAUGUAUUCAGAGAAACCACUGGACACCUUUGAUCACUCAAGAUGUAAAACAGCAGGUUGGGCAGAGCAGGUUGUAAACCAGUGGGAAACAAACAGCUCGCAAAUGCCAAAACAGAAGAAAAUUGACGAAUCCAGAACAUCAGCACUUCGCUUUUUCGGCAGGCAGAAGUUUGUCAGAGAAGUACUGAACGCAGCCCCUUUGGUAUGUGAGAGCGAGGAAGACGCCAAAACAGAGCGACUGCAUUUCUUCAAACCUGCAGAAAACAAUCACAAACCAGAAAAACAGACUCCUUCUACAUCAAAUCACCAAGCGAAGCCUUGCUGGCACAAUAUCAAAAAAAGGCAGCGUCAGUCAGAAAGGCGUGACAGUUCACAUCAAAGUCCUCCACCAAAACGUUUGUCCUCACCUUCAGCUCUUACUGCAGAGGACAUGGACUUGUUGAACAGCUACUGAAGAAUGCUGCCAUGUAGCAUUCCUCAAACAGCAAUUUAGGUGUGUUGCUAAAUCGGUGACAUCUAGGCUCAAGUGAAAAAGAACAUUUUCCAAGAUGAUUCACACUGGUAAACUGUAGACACUUUCUCUUGGAUACAGGUGCUGUUGUAUGUAUGUAUGUAUGUAUGUAUGUAUAUUUGUAAAUAAA